AUGGCGACCGACUGCUCGUCCACGGACGAUGGGUAUGCGCUGGAGGACGACCUGCGCGUGAUGAACGAUAAAAUGAAGCGUUUGCUGGAUUUUUGUGAGUCCCAGCACUGUGAGAAUCCGCUACGACUCCAAGCCAAGAUCACUGAUCUCGAGGAGAAGCUGCGCCAAGUUACUGCCGAGAAGAACUACUGGAUGAAGCGCUGUAAAGAUCUCACAGACCACCAGCCACCUACUGCCAAGUCCGCCAAUGUAAGUCCGCAAAACAGCAAAAAAAAGUCACACAAGCGCAGCAACUCAAAGCCCAAUGUGGGCGCCAACGCUGGCACGCAGCCUCGCUGUGACGGCUUCCGUAACGAAGACGCCUCCAGCGUUACAACGAGUGACACGUCCUCACCAUGUUGUGAUGAUAAGCUCAUGGACGGCAAAGCCGCCCCGCGUUCGUGCUUUCGACUGCUGCAGUGUUCCGACGAGCAGUGCGAAGUGUUUACGCCCAAAAACCGCAGCAUUUGCACGCAGCACCGCUCGCGCAACAAUGUCCAGCUCAUGUGGGAUGAGUCACCAAAGACGGUGCUUAUUGUAAAGAAGCCCAACGAUCCGGAAAUUGCAGACGUGCUGGUCCGAUUGGCUUCGUGGCUGCAGAAGGAGAAAAGUAUCGACAUUUUCCUUGAGCCUACUGUGCAUGAUGAGGUCAAGUUGCCGAACGCCAGGACGUGGGGCAGUAAGUCAGAAGACUGGAACCAUUGCCAAGGCAAGAUCGACUUUGUGGUCUCACUGGGAGGUGAUGGCACCGUUUUGUGGGUCUCCUCGCUCUUCAACAAGAGUGUCCCACCUGUCUUCUCUUUGGCGAUGGGGUCGCUUGGGUUUCUGACUCCAUUUGAUUCCAAAGAUGCCGUGAAACAGCUAGACGCUGUGAUCAAUGGAGGAUUCUACAUGUCGCUGCGCUCGCGUCUUGUAUGCACAAUUCUACGUGCUGGCAAGGAGCGCAACAUUGACGGAAACCUGCAUGCGCUCAAUGAAGUUGUGAUUGACCGCGGCCCAUCGGGCGCGCUUGUUGAACUGGACUGCUACUGUGACGGCCUGGCAAUCACUAAGAUUGCAGCGGACGGCAUCAUCAUUGCCACGCCGACAGGCUCGACAGCCUACUCGCUUUCAGCAGGUGGAUCCAUGGCUCACCCCUCGGUGCCUUCGAUGUUGUUCACUCCCAUCUGCCCGCACACACUGAGCUUCCGGCCUCUAAUUUUCCAUGACAGCGCCACGCUCAAGAUCGAGUUUCCUUCCAGCAGCCGAGCAUCGGCAUGUUAUGUGUCUUUUGACGGCAAGAACCGCGUGUGCAUGGAGCGUGGCGACAGUAUCGUCGUCCGUGUGUCGUCAUACCCGCUGCCCUCGAUUUGCCAGGUCAACGAGAACCAGGACUGGUUCGAAUCGAUGAUCACCAACCUAAACUGGAACCAGCGCCGCGCUCAGAAGCCCUGGCACUCGCCAGGGGCGAGCAAGAUGUAG